UUUACGAAAAUCAAAAAGAAAAAUCAUGGAAAGCAUAGUGACAACGAUGUUGGGUCGACCCAAACAGAAUAAUAAUAAAGAGAUAGUUUUGUAUGGAGGUGAUUUAAAAUUUCCGCCAUGUGAUCAAAAUUUUGGACAAAUAUUAUUGAAUCAAAUGGCAUUACAUUCGGAUAAAAUUGCACAGGUUCAUCCAAUACACAAUAUUUCAUAUACACAUGGCCAAAUUCGAUUAUUUACAAUCCGUUGUGCGUUAGAGAUGCGUACUAUGGGCGUCCGAAAAGGAGAUGUUGUUACAAUUUGUGGGCGAAAUCAUUCACAUGUUAUUAUACCAUUUUUGGCAGCUACUUAUUUAGGUGCUAUUUCAAAUCCAUUGCAUCCAAAUUUUUCUGCAAGUGAAGUACGCCGCAUGAUGACUUUAACUGAACCACGCAUGAUAUUUUGUGAUUCCGAAGCAAAACCAAUGAUAUUAGCAAUUCGUAAUGAAUUGGGUUUAGCUUCACGUAUUGUUACGUUUGACAAUGAGUUCGAACCAUUUAUUGCUCCGCAUGAUUAUCAAGAUGAGACAUCUUUUAAAUGUGAAGAUGUUGAUCCUGAAAAUGAUAACAUGUUUAUUGUUUGCACAAGCGGAACAACUGGAUUCAUAAAGGGUGUCACUAUUCGACAUGCGGCAUUCUAUACGAGUGUUGUGGAAUUUCUUGAUGAAAUCGAAGAAGAUGAAAGAUUAUUAAUUUAUUCACCCGUGUCCUGGGUCACAUCAAUUUGGAUAACAGGUUUGGUUUUCUAUAAAGGAGCAACAAAAUUUAUUUGUGAAUAUGAGCCAAUCAGAAAUUUAGAAAUAAUUACCGAAUAUAAAAUAACAUGGAUAUUAUCAUCACCGAUGUUAUUGAUGCAAAUGAUACGACAUCCAUUAUUCCCAAAAUAUGAAACAAAGAUUGUGGAAACAUUGAGAAGUAUUUUUUACGGUGGAGCAGCAGGCACAGAUGAACAACUUAAGGAAUUUCGACGUGUAUUUCCAAAUGCAUUUUUAUUUAAUGGUUAUGGAAGCUCUGAGGGCUGUGUGUUACAUGUAUGGUUUAAUCGAAAAAAGGAUGUUAAAUUGAAUUUGUCUAAAAUAAAUUCAAGUGGUUAUCCAGUUCCCGGAGGGUAUGCGAAGGUAAUUGAUCCAGAUACAGGAAAGACAUUAGGAGUCAAUGAACCGGGUGAAUUUUUAUUAAAGAGUCCAUCUAUGACAAAAGGUUAUUAUAAGAAUCCAGAAGCUACGGCUGAAGCAAUUGAUAAAGAUGGCUGGUAUCAUUCGGGAGAUAUGGUUAAAUUCGAUAAUGAUAAUUGUUUUUAUGUAUUGGGGCGUUAUAAAGAAAUGCUUAAAUAUAGAUGUUGGCAGGUAUCACCAGCUGAAUUAGAAGAAGUGAUCCGUUCACAUCCAGCCGUCAACAUGGUCUGCGUUAUGGGCAAACCGAACGAAGAUGAUGGAGAAUGGCCAGUAGCUUUUAUUGUGAAGAAAAAUAGUAUGGCAGACGUAACUGGAGAUGAUAUUAUUGCAUUUGUAAAUGAUCAAGUUGCUGAUCAUCAAAAAUUACGUGGUGGUGUUAUAUUUGUAGAUAGUUUACCAAUGACAUCAAGUGGAAAAGUACGUCGCAUUGAAUUAAAAAAAUUAAUUGAAGGAUAA